AUGUUGCGCAAUGCUACUCGUACGCAAAGCUGUUUACCAUCAAGGAUCUCGUUUUUCGCUACUGCAGCUAUAAAGCCACCGCAGACGUAUAUCAGCACGCCCAUAUUUUAUGUAAACGCAGCUCCACACAUCGGCCACGUGCAUUCGGCCGUCCUAGCAGAUGCGCUGUCUCGCUGGCACAAAAUUAAGGGAUGUGACGUGUUAUUCACCACAGGUACGGAUGAGCAUGGUCUCAAAGUACAGGAGGCAGUCGAAAAAAGUGGAACACAGGAAUAUCAGGCUUUUUGUGACGAGGUGUCGUCUCGCUUCAUUGAGAUUUUCCAAAAGGCCAAUGUAGAUUAUUCGCGGUUUAUCCGGACCAGCGAUCAGGACCAUAACGAAGCCGUAAAUGCAUUUUGGAGGACCAUUUACGCCAAUGGGUAUAUUUAUCUAGGUGACCACGAGUCGUGGUACUGCAAGUCAGACGAGAGUUUCGUUACCGAGACACAGGUGGAGGACAAAGCGGGACCAGAUGGAAAUAUGAUUAAAGUAUCCAAGGAAAGUGGACAUCCCGUUGAAAUGUUGCGCGAACAAAACUACAAGUUUAGACUUUCAAAAUUUCAAAACCGAUUGCUCGAGUGGCUAGACGCCAAUCCGGACGCGAUUGUACCGAAAACAAGGUACAACGAAGUGCGUGCAGCUGUGACUGGAGGUCUAAAAGAUUUGUCAGUGUCAAGACUAAGUGAGAAGAUUCGCUGGGCGAUACAAGUGCCGGAUGACAACAAGCAUUGUGUGUAUGUGUGGUUGGACGCAUUGACAAACUACCUGACCAGUGCUGGCUAUCCAGGGGAUACUACACAUUCAUGGCCUGCUGCUUAUCAUAUCGUGGGUAAAGACAUUCUCAAGUUUCACGCGAUUUACUGGCCCGCUUUUCUCAUGGCAGCUGGUCUUCCGCUCCCAAAAAAGGUGGUGGCACACGCUCAUUGGACUGUAGGAAACGUAAAAAUGUCCAAAAGUCGAGGCAACGUGAUAGACCCAAACGAGGUGCUGUCGAAGUAUGGUUCUGAUUUUGUGCGUUUUUUUUUAUUGCGAGAGAGCGUGCUGACAAAUGACAGUGAUUUUAACACUGAAACGCUCGAAGAUCGUGUGAACAGUGAACUUGCUGAUACACUCGGCAAUCUGGUCUCUCGCUGCACCAGCAAAUCGGUACUUAUGAGUGGCAAGGUACCGAAACGCCCUCAAUUUGAUCUCCUCACGAUCGACGAGAAGGAGCUGGUUGUAAAGGGACAAGCUCUUGCCUCUGAGGUCAAAAAGUAUUUUGAUGCGCCUGAUUUUGCACGUGGCUUGGAAACGAUAGUUUUUUUUCUUCAUGACGUCAACCGGUAUUUUACCGUUAUGGAACCUUGGAUUUUAUCAAAAACUCUAAAGGAGAUUAGACACUUGAGAUCCGAUGAAUACAAUGCUACAAAAGAGCGCUUAGAUACUGUGCUGUAUCUAUCCAUGGAUGCAGCGCGCAUAAGCGCUACCUUGUUGCAGCCUGUCGUUCCGAUAGCAGCAACCAAAAUUCUUGAUUAUUUGGGUGUUCCGACAAACAAGCGGUUUCUUACUCAAGCAACGCUUCUUGCGGAUGGUGAGUUGAUGGGCGCUGUAAUUAGGAAUACAGAAGCAUUUGUCGCGUUUCCUAAAGUGCACAAGAACAGUGCGCGUCGAACCACACCAUCACUUUAA